AUGGACGGUGGCAUCUGGGUGACUCUUGGUAUCGGUGAGCAGCAGGGGAUUGUGUUCCUGAUCCAUCUGUCCCAUGUGUCCUCCCUCUUAACAUUUUCAUUUUUCUUCCCAGGAGUCUACACCUUUGGCCUCUUCACCGUGGACAUCUUUGUCAACGCGGGCCAGGUUGUGACAGGGAACCUGGCACCCUACUUCCUGACGGUCUGUAAGCCAAACUACACAGCGCUGGGCUGCCAGCAGGCCCUGCGCUACAUCAGCCACCAGGAGGCCUGCACAGGGAACCAGGAUGAUAUCAUGCGUGCCCGCAAGACAUUCCCGUCCAAGGAAGCAGCACUCAGUGUCUAUGCUGCACUCUACCUGGCUAUGUAUGUGACAUGCACGGUGCAGGCGAAGGGCACCCGUCUGGCCAAGCCGGUGCUGUCUCUCGGGCUCAUGUGUCUGGCAUUCCUCACCGGUCUGAACCGCGUGGCCGAAUACCGCAACCACUGGUCGGACGUCAUUGCCGGCUUCAUCAUCGGCACGGCCAUCGCCACUUUCCUGGUGGUGUGUGUGGUCCAUAACUUCAAAGGCAAGUUGCUGCUGAGCGAGGAGUCACCAGUGGAUCAGCGGCCCAACACAGCCAUGCUUAACAUGGGCCGAAUGGAGAGUCCUCUGGAGAAGUACAUCGCUUCACAGAAUCACAUCGCCUUCGCUGAGGUCACAUGACGUGGAGUCGGCCGUGUGGCAGACCCAUUGGACAUCCACGCUCUUCACCGUCCAAUCCAAUUAACUGGAGCGCAGCGCUAAACCCAUUCUCUGUGUGUGUCUGGUCUGCGGUAUGUUGUUCUAUGUUGUCUUUAUCGGGCCCUUGUUGUCAUUUGCAGCUUCUUGUAUUCAAGGAAAAAAAAAGAAGAGUCAGUAACUCAGCGGGAACAGGUUGCUUCUGCUUUCUCCAUCUAUGCACUUAUUCACAAUCUUUGUUAGACUCUGACCUCCCAAAUGAAGCUUGUUGUGUGGGAAACCACGGAGCGUACUUGUUGCACACUGUGUGGGACACUAGAAGAACAAGUGAAGACCUGGGUUGCACCAUCUCAACUCUGCUGAGGUCAAAUAUUGUCUUAUGGUUUGGUUAGGUUGUGUGUGGAACAGCAUUGAUCCAAUAAGAUGGCUGUAAGGAGAACCAGUCAGAAAGUUGAGUCAGAGUGUCCAAACAGGGAGAAAGAUUAAAAACCCUCUCUUGAUGAUUUUUUGUUGUUAUCACAUCCAGAAGACUGCUGUGGAUGUCAGAAUGUGACACUGACUGCUGGACCCAUAUUUAUCAAACUAUUUAAGGUGAAAUUUUGGACUUGGCUGAAAAAUAAGACAGAAACCCCUUUUGGCUUAAAAUGCGGAGGUUAUCAUAUUAGCUAUGUCUCACCAUCCAAUUUUAUAUCAACCUACUACCACUAUACACAAGUAUAAAGAGAGAAAGAACAUGUACAAAAUGGCCGGAUACUUAAAUAAAUGAU